AUGAAGUCUGUCACUCUGAUCGUCUCUGCCCUGGCCGCCAUGGUCUCUGCCGCCCCGGCCGCCGUUGAGAAAAAGUCCAACUUCGACCUGAGCCAGCUCAACAACCUGAACAACUUCAACCAGGUCAACUUGAACUACCUGCUCAACAUCAACCAGCUUCAACUCCAGCAGCUGGGUUUCCUCGGCCAGAACAACAACUUCAACAUUCUGGGCUACCAGAACCUGUUCAGCAGCAACCAGUUCGACCUCGCCUCGCUCCUCCAGCUGCAGCAGCUGCAGACCCUGCUCCAGUUCCAGCAGGUCGGUCUCUUCUCCAACUUUGACCUGAGCAGCCUCGACCUCCAGCUCCUCCAGCUCGGACUCCUCAACAACGUUGGCUCCGUCGAUCUGUCGCAGUUCAUCCAGCCCACCGUUGUCAGCCAGGUCCAGACGAUAGCAUCCCAGGCCCCCUUCGCCCUUGGCUCCGGUUUCCUCCCCGGUGGCGGGAGCGCCUCGGCGAACUUCGCGGCCCCGGUGCCGGCGGCUUCUUUCGCCGCACCUGCACCGGCGGCCGUUGUUCCGAGCGCUUCCGACUCUGAGGUCGUCACCGACGCUGAGCAGAAUGCUCAGGAAGGGGGCAGCUCUCUUAACAGGGCCUAG